GUGAGCACGAGCCUGGCGCUGCUCAGAUGGUGGUAUAACUUUUUCCUGCAUCAGCAGAUUUAAACUCGCGCUGUGCCAUACAUGUUAAAAUUAAACUCAGAGCUGGUAUUAAAAGUGCUGCUGUUCAGUCGUGUGUCCUGCCUGAUUUUUAUUUUGGUCUUGCUUUAAAGAGCAUCCCCAAGGCUAUGAGAUUUCUAGGAAGUGUAAGUUUCUUUGGGAAUCCAGGCUUGUUACCAGUUUAUCAAAUACUCAGUACACCCUUAAAAUAUUUCACGUUUUGGAAGGGGCCUGUCUGGCUCAUGGGGUGGACACUGGGGACAGAGUUUGGGGACACAUAAAGCCAGUGUUCCCAUUUGACAGCCCACGCAGGAACACUAACACAGCAGAGGAACUGCUGCUGGAGCAGGGGGUAAAACCAUGGCACAGAACUGGCUCACAGGCACCACCAGCCAGAAAUGGAGAACAACCCUCAGGAGCACAAUCCCUCCACUGCAAGGCCUCGCCUUCCUUGUGCUGUACAGGUAAAAUUGGAAGUGUGAUGAAUGCACAUUUUUUGGUGGCUUGCAACGGGCUGAUGAGCACAGAAGCCAGCCAGGCCAGCCUUUCCCUGAGCAGUUGGGCAGGAGCCUUCUGAGCUCUGCAGAGUGUGAAAUCGCUGCUUCAGGCAGCUGAGGGUGCCAGGGCAGAGCAGAACCACCGCAGAUCAGGACUUGUUUGCGAUGCAGAUGCAUUCGAGUGCUAAUAACCAUUAGCAGUGCAGGGCACAUUCCAGGGCGUGAGCUUUCGGAACACCUUGAAAGCACUUCCUGCAUGCUCAGGGACUUCUCUUUCCCCCCAGUGCCUCCCAGAACACCUCCAGAUGUGCCUGGGUGGCUGCCUUGGCACCUCCCUCGCCUGCCAGGGCCAGCCUGUUUGUGUUCUGAGCAGGUUCCUUUGGGAGCCCUGCCUCUCGGGGAGCCAGGCUUUGCACCUCACUUCGGCCCAGCUGGGAUCUCCAGAGGGAAGCCACUGGAUGUGAGCACUCUGCCACUCAGAUUUCUGCUCUCCAUCCACCCUGCAGACCCUGCUGUUUUCAAGGAGCUUUCAUUGGGAAGGUACCACACAGACAUGCUGAUGGCAGCGCUCCUCCUGCUCCUGGCACCCCUCAGCCGCUGCCACGAGGUGUCCUGGGCAUACCAAGGAGAAGGAGAGCUGGAUGAGGAGCACUGGGCACAGCGCUUCCCAGACUGUGCUGGCAAGCAGCAAUCCCCCAUUGACAUCCAGAGGAGGAAAGUGAGGUUCAACCCCCUGCUGCAGCUGGAGCUCGGUGGCUACGAUGGGCCCUUGCAGGGCCAGCUCAGGAUGACCAACAACGGCCACUCUGUUCAGAUCGAUUUGCCACCCUCCAUGAACAUCUCCAGAGGGCUCCCGGGUGUCUACACGGCUGUGCAGAUGCACCUGCACUGGGGCGGGCUGGACCUGGAGAGCAGCGGCUCCGAGCACACCAUCGACGGCAUGCGCUACUUCGCCGAGCUGCACAUUGUCCACUACGACUCUGCUAACUACUCCAGCUUUGAAGAAGCCAAAGACAAGCCCCAGGGGCUGGCUGUGCUGGCCUUCCUGUACACGGAUGGGCACUUUGAGAACACCUACUACAGUGAAUUCAUCUCCAAACUGGCACGGAUCAGGUUUGCAGGUCAGUCAACAACGCUGAGCUCUCUGGACAUCCAAGCCAUGCUGCCAGAAAACCUCUCACACUUCUACAGGUACCAGGGCUCCCUGACCACCCCGCCCUGCUCCGAGAGCGUCAUCUGGACCAUCUUCCACUCCCCAGUGCUGCUGUCACACACCCAGGUGCAGCUCCUGGAGAACACCCUGCUGGACUGGCACAACCGCACCCUGCGCAACGACUACCGGCACGCGCAGCCGCUGCGGGGCCGCGUGGUGGAGGCCUCCUUCCCAGCCCAGCAGGGCCAGGCACAGUGCCAUGCAGAGGAAUUCACCCUCAGGCUGGACCAAAUCCAGAUGCAGCUCCAGGACAUCAAGACUGAGCUGCUGAAUGGGCUGAGCCCCACAGGUACGAAAUCCAGCACCUUCCCAGCUUUCUACUUCCCCGUGGAAAGCAUCGAGAGCUUUGUGGAGGUUCAUCCCCUGCGUGCUGUGUCUCUGCAAGCCUUCACGCUGUGCUUCUGGAGCCGAUCCCAGCCCGCCGGCACCCACACCGUCCUGUCCUACUCCACUGGGGAGAGCGACCACGAGCUGGUGGUGACCGUGGGCGCAGAGCUGGGGCUCUGGGUAGGAGGCCACUUCCUGAGCUUCCCCCUGCAGCAGGAGGCCCAGGGCUGGCUGCACCACUGCGUGACCUGGGCGUCCCCCGAGGGAACGGCCGCGCUCUGGCUCAACGGGGCAGCUGGCAAGGCCAAGAGCGUCCAGAAGGGCUACGUGAGCCAGCCCGGGGGCACCCUGGUGCUUGGCAAGGACAGGGACGCCCUGCUUGGCACGUUCUCCAACGGGUUUGCAGGGUGGCUGAGCCAGGUGAACCUGUGGAGCCGGGUGCUGGACGCCGCAGAGGUUCGGGCGCUGGCGCUGUGCAGGGCAGGGCAGCCCACGGGGGAUGUCAUAGCCUGGGGACAGACCCCCAUGGCCCUCCUCGGGGGGGUGCUUCUGCUGCCUGACACCAGCUGCCAGUGAGCACAGGGCAGCCAGAGAGUCUGAACUGCUUGUUGGGGAAAGUCAGAAAAGCUGAGGUGGUUUGCUUGUUCCUGCUCCUGCUCUGUGGGCUCACUGUGCACCUCCUGGUGCUCUUUCCCAAGAGACCAAAACCUCCAUCUGUGAGAUAAAAGCAAUGAACUGCAGAAUCUGGCACAAUCCAGCACCCUGGGCUGUUACAUCCCUCCCAGGGGCUUGAUUUAGAUCCCCAUACACAGAUUUUUUUUCAUGCCAAGGAGGUGCCCUCUGGUCAAAGGAGCUUUCUCAAAUAAAAGUUCUCUCCCAUCC